AUGUCACUCAUUCGCUAUCUCCCAGCUACUCCCAAUGACAAUCGACUGGUCGUGUGGUUUGAUAUAGAUAACACGCUUUACCCUCCUAACCAACGGAUUGUAGACCUCGUUCAGGGAAAGAUUUUCCAAUACUUUGUGGAUCUAGACAUGGAACCUGAAGAGGCCAAGAUUCUACAUCGAAGGUAUUAUACUGAAUACGGUCUUUCUGUUCGCGGACUAAUUCAACAUCAUGACGUCGACCCUCUCGACUUCGACGCCAAGGUCGAUGCCUCCCUUCCUUUGGAAGAGCUACUUACUCCAGACCCUACGGUACGAAGGCUCUUGGAGGAUAUAGAUACAUCUAAAGUUCGGAUAUGGGCACUGACGAACGCCUACAAGACGCACGCACAAAGGGUACUAAAAAUCCUGGGGCUGGAGGAUCUAUUUGAGGGCCUUGUCUUUUGUGACUACGAGUCGAAGGAUUUUGCGUGCAAGCCGGAGCGCAAAUUUUACGAUCAGGCACUAGAGCUUGCGCAAACCACUGCAGAGAAAUCGUACUUUGUUGACGAUAACUUUGGGAAUGUUCGAGGCGCCAAAUGGGCGCAUUGUGCGUUCUUGUACGAUGCAGCACUGGAUGCCAAGGCACUCGCUGGGACUGGCGCAAGCGGCGGAGUCGGGAACAUUGAUGACCUCAAGCCGGAAGACGGAAUUUCUGUUAUUCAUCGCCUGGAGGAUCUGAGGAAGGUUUGGCCGAAAGUAUUCAAGACUUCAGUAUAUGGUGAUGGGUUUCUAUUCCAACAAGACAUACACAAGUGGCGCGCCGGAAGAAAGACGCUCGUACAACACUUUGCUCCGGCCGUGAUGAAGAGUAAAAAUGUACUAUUACAAGAGGCCGAAAGCGUGCAAUUACUUUACGAAUUUUUGCACCAACCAGAAGGUUUCAUGAACUAUCCCAUGCGCUAUACAACGAGCGUCAUGACUUGUUUAUUAUACGGACUACGGUGCGGAACUUACCGUGACCCAAUUAUUCAAGAAGUGGAAGAGAGCAUGCGAAUGUUCUCGGAGCUCCUUGUCCCUGGGGGAAAACCCCCCGUAGAAGUUUUCCCAUUGCUCAACUAUCUACCUGCGUUUAUUUCUCCAUGGAAAGACAAAUGCAAAAGGUUGGCGAAAAGAGUAGAUAUACUUUAUGGGGACUUGGUAGAUAUUGGGGUGCAGAGAGGCAUGAAGGGGUUAAACUCAGACAAUUUAGCGUAUAAACUACGGCUGGGAAAAGAAAGCACUGGUCUGACCCAUCACCAAGAAGCUUUUAUCUGCGGCGUGGCCCUAGAAGGUGGAACUGACAUAGUUGCUGGUGUUAUAUUGACCUGUUUAUUAGCGCUCAUAAGUCACCCUGAAGCUCAAAAACGAGCACACGAAGAGCUUGACGCUGUAUAUAACGAAGAGACACUGCCUCGAUGGGAAGAUGAACAAGGGCUGCCCUUUGUACGCGCAAUCGUUAAAGAAGCCAUGCGAUGGAGACCCCCAGUGCCUAUGACAGUGCCGCACCGACUGGAAAAAGACGAUCACUACGGGGGUUACUUCUUACCAAAGGGUUCACAAAUAUUCUGUUCCGCUUGGGCUAUUCAUAUGAACGCCGAACGGUACGAAGAACCAGAGCUAUUCAAACCCGAGAGGUUCCUCAGUCACUCCAUGUCAAUGGCCGAGUCAAUUGCGCAAGGGGAUCCUUUCAAACGCGAUCAUUUUGCCUUUGGAGCUGGUCGCCGGGUCUGCCCUGGUAUACAAAAGGCAGAACAAGAUAUUUUUAUUGCACUGUCUCGUCUGUUGUGGGCCUUCGAUUUCUGCGCUCCAGCUGGAGUCUCGAUAUCGACCGACUUCUCUACUGCAUUCGUGGGCGAGGGAAUACGUAUGCCGAAAAAGUUCCCAUUGGUUGUUACCCCACGAUCGCAGAAGCGGGUACAAACCAUCGAGCAUGCUAUGCAUUUAGCGGAGGAAACAUUCUCUCAGUAUGGGAGAUAUAAUCCCACAUCUCCUCUGGGUUAA